AAAAAAUUUAUUCGAGUUAUUUAUUCCAAAUUGCAAUCGAAAUCAUGUGAUUACCUAUUCAGAGGUGAAAUUGUAGGAAGAAAUUAGAUUAGGGGUUGAAGGGUUAACUGAACAGACGUACAGCAACAUCAAGAAAGAUGUCAUCAAGGAAGAAGUUGACCAAUUUAAAUAAAUUUUAACCCUCCUAACCAACAAUCAACACGAAAAUAUAUUAUUGCGGUCGAGGUUCAGUGACUAAAUUUGCCAACGAUCAGGAAAUUGUCCUUGUGAUAUAUUUGUGAAGUAAAUUUCCCGGAAAAUAAUUUGCCUUACGGCGAUCUUAUGACUUGCUCAAAUCAUGUCACAUGUAAGCUUACGUUACCCAUGUUAACUUAAGUUAAAUCACACGAUACAAUUCAACAGUUUAGGACAUAACCCUCUAUACUUUACGGAAAAAACAAAUCCCUAGGACUUCCUCCUGAUCCUUGCAAAAAGAAAUCAGGGCUCGGCUACAGUUUCGCGAAAGAGAUCAAGACGGGAGCGGUUCUUAAAACUGAUGUAAGUAAUUUAAAGUUGCCCCUUGCGAGACACGAAUUACAGCUCGGGAAGAAAUAUCUCGAUUCACAAAAUAUCAUUGAACCGUGUAUUGAUAAAGUUAUAAAAAGAAACACUUUGAAAGUUUUCCUUGGUGAUUCAGGCGUUAAUUGCUAUUUUUAAACUUCAGAUCGGGGAACACAGUGACAAUCAGUGUCCAUGGCAUCCUGGCGCGAAACCUUUUCUCGAAAAAAAUUCCGCGAUCCGAAAACCAUGAUGGUGACUCAAUUGAACCGUUGUCUCGGCAUCUUUGACUUGACUCUUCUCGGAGUCGGGAUUACCAUAGGAGCUGGGUUGUACGUUUUAACCCCUGAAAUUGCCCGCAAGUUCACUGGCCCAAGUGUGGUAGUUUCGUACUUCAUCGCCGCUUCUGCCUCAGUCCUAGCUGGUUUGUGCUACGCAGAGUUUGGUUGCCGUGUGCCUAAGGCAGGCUCGGUUUACGCUUACAGCUACUCAAUCAUGGGUGAACUCUGCGCCUUUAUCAUAGGCUGGGAUUUGAUUUUGGAAUACAGCAUAGGACUUUCCUCAGUAGCCAAGGCGACCAGUUCAUAUUUGGAUGCUCUGUUUGACGACCGCAUCAAGAAUUUGACAAUCUCUGCAAUUGGUGAAAUACAUGUCAAGGGUUUCGCACAAUAUCCUGACUUACUUUCGGUUGUCUUAAUAUUUGGAAUUGCGCUGAUUUCACUCAUCGGUAUGAAGGAAACAUCCAGGUUCAAUACACUGGUCACAGUGCUUACCAUGCUCCCGAUCAUCGUCAUUGUGUUUGCUGGUUUGUAUUAUGCCGAUAUUAAGAACUGGACGGAUGAUUUCGCCCCGUACGGAGCUUCAGGGAUUUUGACCGGUGCAGGCACGUUAUUCUAUGCUUUCGUUGGAUUUGAUGUCAUUGCGACAACCGCAGAGGAAGUAAGAAAUCCUGGAAGAACGAUCCCCAUCUCUAUUGUUUUGACAUUGGUAAUCGCUUUUAUGGCGUAUUUUGGGGCUUCCGCUGCACUGACGUUAGCGUGGCCCUACGCGACCCUUCCCGAGAGGGCAGCAUUUUCUACAGUGUUCGAAUGGAAAGGUGCACCGUGGGCCAAAUACAUGAUCAGUAUCGGAGCUAUUUGUGGACUGAUCACGUCCAUGCUGGGAUGCCUAGUGGCAUUAUCCAGAAUGGUGUACGCUAUUGCAAACGACGGCCUCUUAUUCAAAUUUCUCGGAAAGGUGAAUCAAAGAACAGAAGUCCCCCAAAACGCAACCAUAAUGACUGCCGUGUUUUGUUCCCUUCUGGCUUUUAUCUUUGACAUAUACCAGUUAGCGGAAAUGCUAUCAAUUGGAACACUCCUGGCAUAUACUCUUGUUGCUUUGUGCGUGUUGGUUUUGCGAUAUCAGCCAGAUGUCGUUGGCCUUACCAAGCUAUCAAGCGCGAGAGACGGCGUCGCUUCUGAGGCUGAUAAUGAUGACACCCCAGGGGAAGAAUCGCCUUUGAUUACAACAAACAACGCUUCUCAACCUACCGCGACCACCAAUAGCAAAGCACGUUUUGCUAUUGGUGUCAACACUUUUGCUUGCAUAGCCCUCGUUGUAAUCCUGAGAUGGGGCUCAUCUGCCUUAGAAAAAGCCCAGUGGUGGGCUAUAAUACUAAUAAUCCUGAUAGGAUUUACACUUGUUGGUUCAGCAGUUCUUCUCACGCAGCUACCCCAGAAUAAUACCCCUCUAGCUUUCAAAGUGCCUGGCGUUCCCGUGAUUCCAUUGCUGUCAACUUUUGUCAACCUGUUGUUGAUCUCCCAGCUCUCUUACCUGACUUGGCUUCGAUUCGCAGUUUGGUUGGUAAUUGGUUUGACGAUCUAUUUGACUUAUGGAGUACGACAUAGUGUGGAGGGCAAACGGAAUAGCCAAGACUGGCCUGACCUACGGAAUACUGAACCUGAAAUUUGCCUCCAGAAAUCACAGGAUUACUCGGAGCCAAGGAAGGAAUGAAGUCGCGUAAUUUUGAAAAUGAACUUAAGGCUAAGAAUUGAUCAAAACCAGUAGGAAUUUUAACAAUUUCUUUGUCCACUUUUUAUUUGUGUUUAAUACGAAAGCUUCCUCCUUCUAGACCAAAGUUUUGGAGAGGUAAACUUCGCCAUUUUUCGUUAGAGUAGGUAGGGUUAGAAAUCAGUCAUCUUGAGGGGGUUCAACCCUCAAGUUCGUCUCUUUAAUUUUGUUGAUGGCUGAGCAAACGUCAGAACUUGUUAAAAUGCAAACAAUUACUGUCCAUUAUAUGGGAUCAGCUUUAAUGCGUACGCAUUGUUUGCAACGGAAAAGUUCUCCAUAAAUCAAGAUACAAUUUUCCACCAAUUGUGGUGGGUUUCUAUCUGUUAAAGUUUAAGCUCACGUGCACGUGUUUUUGGGUGUGUGUUUAUGUAGAUUUUAUACCAAUACUUCAGAAUGAGAAGACUUUCUUCCCUGUUUGCUUUUCAGGGUAAUUUUAUUUUUCUCUCUAUGUGAUAGUUAUAUUUUUCAGGCUAUAUAUUAAACUAAUUUGUUUUGAUGGUGAUUGAGUGUAUUUGCUACCAUCUGUUUUUUCUUGAAAAGAUCAAAUUUCGUUCUGCAAAAAGAACGCAAAUUUGGCGCAAAUCUCACUUAAAAGGCCCUGGACUCACAAGCGGUAGAAGGAAGUUAUCACCUCCCUCACGAGUUUGAUGUAUUCGGUUAGGAGGUAGUACUGAAGUAAUGCAGUGGUCCUGUAGGAGCAUUUACUGAUUCUUUUCGUGGAAGUCCUUCACUAAUAUCAAGGGGCCUGUAUCAAUACUUUAACUUUUCUGCACAAUCAAGAGAUCUGUCGAGAAGAUCGGGGUUGUUAGAAUAAAAGGCUGAACCUGGAAAACAGAGACAAUAUGACGCCUCUAAAUGGAAAAUCAAGUUGCUCAGGCGGUUGGCCACUUGAUAGUGUGCACAUACCCUGAUAAUACUGAUAAACUGCUACCGACUUUAACCACCGUUACCUAAAUGUGAAGUUUUCAUUUAGUCGGAUCUUCCUCUAGUAUGGCCUCGAAAAAUUUUUACAAAUUCAGCUCGCUUUUUAUCUCCGAUUUGGAGCGGGAGUGCUGUAAUAGAGCGUCCGCGAAAAGUUAUUUCUAACACAAACACGCGCGAAGGUUAGCAUCUGUCAAUCUAGUAAUAUUUUCUUCACUGCUAAAUUAUUAGAUCACUUCAAGCACUGGGGAAUAAUAAUGGCCCGAAGUCGUGGCAAAAACGAACAUGCAAGGGCCAAUAUUGCCCAGUAGGGCAGGAGCAAGCGAGGUUAGAAAGUAGUUUAGUAUGUGGCACUUGGACCAAACUUGACUAUUUUGAAUUUGCGGCUUUCGCGAACAAACAUUCAUGGCUAAUGACUUUGUCCGCGGAAACGGCCCGUGAGGCAAGAUGCCUACCAAGUUAGAACCAAUCAGAACGGUCAGAUGUACCUUAGGACUGCCUUUCCAUAUAAUAAUAGGGGAAUAUUGUACAAAAGUAACAAAGUUCUCUUUUAAUGCCUCAGACAAACCCGAGACGCACUAACACAAAGGUGACGGAAAUAAUACUUAGACCUCAACUUGUCAUUAGUGUACUCUUUAUUCAGGUACUGCCAUGUAUACUAGAGGUUCUCCUACAAAGAUCUCGAAAAUUAUUCAUGGAGAAGAUCAGGGGUGGAAGCGGCGGGAGUCAUGAAUCAUGAAUAAUGACGGUUGAAUUAGUAGGAGUCGAGACAUUUUCGUGCUAAAACCUUUGGAAUCAUGCAUUAUGAGAUUUAACAAAGAAUCAUGAGUAUUUGAAAACGAUUGAAUCAUGAGUUGUUCGACUCAAAAUGCAGCAAUCAUGAAUCCCGAAAGUCAAAUGCUUCCGCUUCCAUUCCCGAAAGAUGAGGUACUUUUAUGUUGGGACACAUUAUUCAAGGUACACAGCAGUUAGAACC